UAUCGAUGGAUAUGGAAAAGCAAUAGUAGCACUACAAUAUCAUGAUUUAUACCAUCUUAAACAAAACUUGGCAAUCGAAAUCAAUUUGUAUAUUACAGGAUAUGCUUGAACAAGAAUAUGGCAAUAGAUGUGGAUGAAGAACGUGAAUAGAAAUGGAUGUGGAUAAGGUUGGGCAUGUGGAUAAUGAAAUGGGUAUGGAUAUGAAUGAAUUAUGAUAUGAAUAUGAAUUAUAAAUAACAAUAUGGAUGUGGAUAAAGAUAUAGGAUAAGGAUACGGAUAUGGAUAUGAAUAUGAAUAAGAAUAUGGAGGUGUAUAGAGAUAUGAAUGGAAAUAUGGCUGUGGAUAAGAAUAUGGAUAUGAAUAUAAAUAAGAAUAUGGAUGUGGAUAGGGAUAUGAAUGGAAAUAUGGCUGUGGAUAAGAAUAUGGAUAAGAUUGUGGAUAUGAAUAUGAAUAAGAAUAUGGAUGUGGUUUGGGAUAUGAAUGGAAACAUGGAUGAGAAUGUCUAUGCAUGUGAAUAUAGAUAUGGAAUACAUAGACCUCUAAGGCGACUACUAAACCAAUUGACAAAUUGGCACUGGAAGUGGAUGUGGAUGAGGAUGUGGAAUGCAUGA